CGCGCUCUCCUGCGCGUCACUUCCGGGGCGGUGGCGAGAACGAGGCUCACUUCCGCCCGCGGGGGAGCUGCGGUGGUGGCGGUGCAGGAGGCCGGGCAGGGGCGCGGAGGGACCGACGGACGCACGGGCGGGCGGGCGGCCGGGAGCCAUGGAGCGCGGCCCUGGGGCCCGGGGGCGCGGGCCGAGGUGGGCUUCCCACGGCACGACAUGGAGACCUGUGGUCGCGAGGCUCCCUGGGACUCGGCUUGGACCGCGAUGGGGCUGGGCCCUGGCCUCCUAACGGGGCUCCUGUCUGGGGCGGUAGCUGGGGGGGCGCCCUCCCCCCGCCCGCGACUCGGAGCGUCCCCACGCCUCCCCUGCUGGGCCAGGCCGGGUGGUGUCGUUGGCGGGGGCCCCGGUGGAGGCCCGGCCCGGGCGGCGCCCGCCAUGAACGGGCUGUCGCUGAGUGAGCUCUGCUGCCUCUUCUGCUGCCCGCCCUGCCCCGGCCGCAUCGCUGCCAAGCUCGCCUUCCUGCCGCCGGAGGCCACCUACUCCCUGGUGCCUGAACCCGAGUCGGGGCCUGGUGGGGCCGGGGCCGCCCCCUUGGGGACCCUGCGGGCCUCCUCGGGUGCACCCGGGCGCUGGAAGCUGCACCUGACGGAGCGUGCCGACUUCCAGUACAGCCAGCGCGAGCUGGACACCAUCGAGGUCUUCCCCACCAAGAGCGCCCGCGGCAACCGUGUCUCCUGCAUGUAUGUUCGCUGCGUGCCUGGCGCCAGGUACACGGUCCUCUUCUCGCACGGCAACGCUGUGGACCUGGGCCAGAUGAGCAGCUUCUACAUUGGCCUGGGCUCCCGCCUCCAUUGCAACAUCUUCUCCUAUGACUACUCCGGCUACGGUGCCAGCUCGGGCAGGCCGUCCGAGAGGAACCUCUAUGCCGACAUUGACGCUGCCUGGCAGGCCCUGCGCACCAGGUACGGCAUCAGCCCGGACAGCAUCAUCCUGUACGGGCAGAGCAUCGGCACGGUGCCCACCGUGGACCUGGCCUCGCGCUACGAGUGCGCCGCGGUAGUACUGCACUCGCCGCUCACCUCGGGCAUGCGCGUCGCCUUCCCCGACACCAAGAAGACCUACUGCUUCGACGCCUUCCCCAACAUCGAGAAGGUGUCCAAGAUCACGUCGCCCGUCCUCAUCAUCCACGGCACGGAGGAUGAGGUGAUCGACUUUUCGCACGGGCUGGCCCUCUACGAGCGCUGCCCCAAGGCCGUGGAGCCGCUGUGGGUGGAGGGCGCCGGGCACAACGACAUUGAGCUCUACAGCCAGUACCUGGAGCGCCUGCGCCGCUUCAUCUCCCAGGAGCUGCCCAGUCAGCGCGCCUAGCGGCGGCCGGGGCCCCAACCAGCCGGACCUCAGCAAUAAGGCGGCCCCUGGACCUCACCCCGCGCCGGCCCCCCAGGGGCUGCAUGUGGACCCCCGGGUGGCCCAGGGGACCCCGCCCUGACCCAGGGGCCGUGGACGAUGUACAGGCAACAGAGCUACGCACUCCUUUCCUUUUGGAAGCAAGAAGAAAAUACGUGAAAACGGAAAUUAAAGAUUUAAAAUUUUA